UUGCCUGGAGAAGCCAGCGGCCUGGGAAAAGGUGUAGGGGGAUUCCACUGAGUACUGGGGUCUAAGGCAGCAGGGGGUACCACAGCCCCUCUGAUGGUGGGGCUCCGCCGGCCAAACGGCAGGCAGAGGCGGGGGUCAGGGCCAAGAAAGUCACCCAUCCCUAAGGGGCGAGGCAGCUGGUCCAGGCGGACAGCAUCGGAGGACCCGUCCCCAUCCAAAUGCGGAGACACACAGGGGUGACAUGAAGGUGGUCUGUUGCUGUCCUGAGCCCAAGACCAGGGGUUCCUUCGGCUCCCCAGAUCCCGCAGCAUCUCACCUCCAUGCCCCUGGGAACCAGGGCCAGGCUGGCCCGAGGAGGGUCCGUCCACUGGCGGGGGCACGCCGGCAGGACCGACGCCUCCGGGCUGGCAAGCAGACAGCGCCCGCUGCUCUGCUCCCGCAAGGGCCGGCCCCUGCCUCCCCGGAGCCCGCCGGGGCGGGAGUGGAAGCCGGAUCCCGCUCUUUCGUUUUCGUUUCCCGGAAGGAUAGAGAUUACCGGAGCGCCCUUGUGAGGCUGCUCGCCCGGGAACCCGAGGCCACCCGGCGCUUCUCUUCUCGAAAGAGAUUUCCUCCUAGGCCACCUUCCAGUUUGGGGAGCCGAGUUAGGGGUUGGGGGAAGGAGGCCCAGCAGCCGCAGCCGGCGGAGCGCUCACGACGGACAGCCGGUGGCUCCCUCACCUCUCCACCUGUGAUGCAGGAGGGAGAGUUGGCCAGUUUUUCUGUGAGCCCCGAGGCAGCCACACCACCCCCAGGCACCCAGGCCAAAUGUGAAGCUGGAAUGGACUUGCUGGGUGAAGGGGGAAUCUGCAAGCUGCCAGGAAGACUCCGCAUCCAGCCGGCACUCUGGAGCAGGGAGGACGUGCUGCACUGGCUGCGUUGGGCCGAGCAGGAGUACUCUCUGCAGCGCACAGGGGAGCACGGCUUCGAGAUGAACGGCCGAGCCCUCUGCAUCCUCACCAAGGAUGACUUCCGGCUUCGUGCACCUGGUUCAGGUGACGUCCUGUAUGAGCUGCUUCAGUACAUCAAGACCCAGCGGCAAGCUCUGGUGCGUGGGCCCUUUUUCGGAGGGGCCUUCAGGCAGAAGAUGCCCCCUCAGCGCUGCCCCUGCCUCCUGGAAGAGGGGACUGGGCGACCUCAAUUGGCCCCCCGAACGGGUCUCCUGCAGCAGCCACCACACCUGGGGUUUGCCAGCUCCUUGAGCCAUCUGGCCAGGUGGCCCCUUGGCAGGGAGGACUCCCUCAACGUAUCUCACUGUUCAGAGCUCAGCUGCAGGGCUGAGGGAGCCUGCUCCUCCCCCAUGAUGCCGGAGGCUCCCAUUGAUGGCAGGAUCACUGAUUGCCGGCUGCUGUGGGAUUAUGUGUACCAGCUGCUCUCUGACACCAGGUACGAGCCCUACAUCAGGUGGGAAGACAAGAACGCCAAGAUCUUCAGAGUUGUGGAUCCAAACGGGCUUGCCAGACUCUGGGGAAACCACAAGAACCGGGUGAACAUGACCUACGAGAAGAUGUCACGUGCCCUGCGACACUACUAUAAGCUGAACAUCAUCAAGAAAGAACCUGGGCAGAAGCUCCUGUUCAGAUACUAUUAAAGUCAACCGUCGAUAAACAAUUUAUUUCAAAAGUGAGUGUGUUAAGAGGUUCAUUAAUGAAAUAAAUGACACCAGUCACUCUCUCCGUCCGGUCAAACCACUUACUGCACUAACCCAGGAGCACAGGCUCCAUUGUUCUCCAUCUUCUCUGCGAUGUGGAUUCUUGCCAACAGUCUUUUUCCCUCGCAAGGAAAUUCCACCCCCCCCCCCCCCCGGCUUUACUGAGGGAUGAUUGACAUGUAACACGGUGUACGUUUGUGACGACAUCUAGCACUUCCUUCAACCCUGGUGACUCUGCCGCACUUCGGGCUCCUCGAUGCCGGUGACCCAUCAUCUCUCGCGGAGGAACCUAGUGGCGACGACCUUUCUUGGCUUCUUCCUCUGGUCCCUCCCCGUGAGGUUAAUCCACAUUUUCUACCCAAGUGUUCUCUCUGAAGUUUUGUAGACAUGAACAGAAAACACGUACGUUUCCAGAGUAAGGUCUUCAUACCCCCAACUCUCCAGCAUCUGGCGGUGAAUGUGAAGGUGCCCCUGGCUCAGAAGGAGUCUGGUCCCCUCCUCUGUGCUGGCUUGGCCCCUCAUUGGGACUUCUGGACUCAGCUGCCACAGGGAUAGCUCCACGAUUUGGGGGAAGAGUUUAAAAAGUAUGUUGUUCUGGGGUCACGUGGGUGGCCCAGUCAGUUGAGCAUCUGACUUCUGCCCAGGUCGUGAUCUCGCAGCUCAGCCCCACAUGGGGCUCUCGGCUGUCAGCCUGUCAGUGCAG